AUGCAGAAUAGUUGGGAUCCUGUGGUAUCAAUGCAAAGCAUAGUUUCCACUUCUGAAAUGCCACAUAAGGAUCUUUAUAUCAUGUACAUGUUUUCUUUAAACAAUGAAAUAACUGGUUUCUUUUGGAAUGUUUGGUGUAGUAAUCCAGUUCUAAGAGAUUGGCUGAAGGAGCAUGCUGAUGCAUCAGAAUUAGACAAGUUAAAAUGGAUGUAUUAUGUGAUUAAUAAAAGUCCAUGGUCUUGCCUUGACGAGAAUGCGGCAUUUUUGACAACUGCAGAUUCAGCUAUAAAGUUGCUUCCUGAGGCCACAAGGCGAGUUACUGGAUGGAAGGGUCUCGAGUAUAGAGCUGCAUUUCCCAUGGUGAAACCACCUGGUGCAAACUUCUAUCCUCCUGACAUGGACAAAAUGGAAUUUGAAUCAUGGAAGGGCAGUCUAACAGAGGAUCAACAAAAAGAUGCAACCAGCUUUUUUAAUGUUAUCAAAAGGCAUAGUGAAUUUGGUCUAGAAUCUCCUCUUUCUAAUGAUACGGUUGAUAUAGCAAAUCAUAUGGUCGGUUCCGCCCAUGAUCUGUACUUUGUUCCUUUCUCUCAAGAGUAUAAUCCUUUCCUCAAAAGAGCAGCUGAAUUAUUGCAUAAAGCUGGGGAUAUGAUCAGCUCCCCUAGUUUGAAGAGAUUGCUGCAUAGCAAAGCCAGUGCUUUCCUUUCAAAUGAUUAUUAUGAGUCAGAUAUAGCCUGGAUGGAGUUGGUUUGUACUUCGUACAUAGUUCUCCUUCGUAAUUCUGUGCAUUAUAAUGCAUGUGGUUCCAACACAAAGUUUACUGAUUCGCUGUAA